AAGGAAGGAAGCCUCUAUAGUCUCUACAGGCAGGAACAGGAGGGCGAGUUUGCGAAACCUUCGCUGAGAUGUCGCUAGCUGUACUACGCGAAAACCGUGUGCGCGCGGACUACCACUACCACUACUACAUCGGAGAACUUUUCUCGCUGCACUCGUAUAGCGUUGUGUGCAUGUGCAAUACAUGUACAUAUACUAGCGGUGCAUUAUGUAGGCAUACACAUCUCUCUCUCUCUCUCUCUCUUUCGCUCUGUACUUGGUAAUAUAGCUCUCGUGCAGCAGACUCGCCAUGUACAUACAUAUAAUGCGUGCUCUACGGCCUGUCAGAGAGAGACCAUAUACACACAAGCGGCCCGAUUCGACGUUGUGUGCGUUCGUAUAUACGUGUGGAACGUCGGCUGUGCGCUGUGCGCGUUCUCCCCCCCUUCUCUCUCUACAUAGCACAGAGUCUGCUGGAGCAUGAACUGCUCCCUUUGUCUCUCUCUCUCUCUCUCUCCCUCGACCCUCGCGAGUUUGCCGGGCGGCUUAUAUAUACCGCAUAUACCAUACUAUAGCGCACAUAUACACACAUUUCGCGUCGUACAGCUGCUCUCGCAGGCUGAGGCAGGCUGCUGCGAGCGUGUGCCUUGUGCUUCGGUUCUGCGCGCGCACCAGCGGCAGCACCAAUACACAGCAGCGGCUUGGCGUACACAUAUAGUUCGCCGCGCAGUAGAGAGAGCGCGAGCGAGCGAAUAUAUAGGCAGCAGCGGCGAGCGAGAACGAGAGAAAGAGAGAGAGACAGAGCGCGCGAGGCAAGCAGUUGUGAGCGGUUGCCCGACACUAAAGCAACUCUCCUCCUGUAUUAUAUAUAUAAAACCCGAAACGUUACUGUGUAUAUACCCAGUGUUGAUAUAUAAACGCGGCGCGCCGUGCACAGUACACACGCAUACGUACCCUGUAUAAACGCGGAUAUAUAAUACAACAACGCGAACGAACGCCGCAGUCGCCGCGCGAGUUUUCUCAGUGCAGGCACACCGUACUCGGUAGUAGAUAGCCGCAGAGUUGCACGUUUUCGUAAUACACAUCCGUGUGUAGCUGUAAAAAAAUAACAAUAAAGUGGUAACGUGUACCCUUUCCCCGCAAAAUAUAUAAUAAUAAUUGAAAAAGAGAACGAGGACCAAGAGACUCACCCAAAGUGCCAAAUAAUAAUAAUAAUAAUAAUCGAUAAUAAUCGAGCGACGACGCGAGAUAUACGAGAUCUUCGAAUCCUGUGUAAGUUUCGUCGAUAUAUUCCUCUGUCUCGACGACGUUUUUCGCAUUACAUUUUAUACAGUGCAUGUCUACAUAUCUCUGUGAGUGUGUGUGUGUGUGUGCGCGCAAACCAUCGAAAGCGUGGUUCGGCAGUGCAGUUACUACUACUACGCACUCGUACGAAGCUUUUUUUGUUGCUAAUAAAGCAUAUAUAGUGUCUAUAUAGAGCGAAGCGUGCGCCCGAGACGCCGAGAGAAGUGAAAUUUAAUCCAGUAAGCGCGUCGAAGGAUAAGCUGUCUGUCUGCGUGCGUUUCGUCGUUGUUGUUACGAAUACGCACCGCUGCCCUGCACUCGUACAUUCAACGUAUAUAAAACAAGAAGAACCAGGAGACGUCUCGAGCCGGCUUCUUGUACUACUCCGUUCUUCCUCUCUGCCUCCGUGUCUCUGUCUGUCUGUGUGUGUUGUCCUCUCCGCUGCCUUCUUCGCAGUACACACACACACACAAACACACAUAUAAGAAGUAUUAAAGCUGCAGUGCAGCUACAUCAGGGAUCGCGUUUCGCGCGAGAGAGAGAAGCCGCCAGAGCCAACACAGCCGCAUUUAUAGCCGCGGCAAAGCGGAGCAGAGCAGCAGCAGCAGCAGCAGCGCGUCUCUUUUUUUGCGUACAUAUAAUACGCGCGGCGCACUCGUCGUCGUCGUCGUCGUAUAGUAUAUAGAGAAUCCUCGGCCCAGCAGCAGCAGCAGCAACAACCACUUGUGUGUACAUCUCUGCCGUUGCCGCAGUUCGCCUGCGUGCGCGUCUACUACUACUCUCUGUGCCUUCAGUGAUAUAUAUAUAUAUAUAUAUAAAGUGGUUCGUGCGUAUGUGUGAGGAAUAUAUAUAUACCGACACACACGUUCUGAAACGACUCGCCGGUUUUCUUUGUGCAUGUGUGCAGUGUGUUGUAUCUGUGUGAGUGAUCAUCCUUGAAUUCGACGAGCGAGAGAGAGAGAAGCGAGCGAGCGAGCGAGCGAGCCAACCCUCUCUGCGUGCCGCAUACGUAAAUCAAACACACGACUGUAUAACAAAAAAAAAAAUCGCACCCGAAUAUCCGGCUUCCAAGCACGACCAACGGUGUUGGCUCUAGCUGAUGUUUUGGGCUUGGUUACCGCAGUGUGUGCAUCUUCUUCUUCUAUCCUCUUAUAAAAACCCACAACACCUAUUCAUCGACGCUACCAUCACCACCACAACUACUACUACUACUACACCGGGGCGAGAGAAUCCAGAAGUGGCAAUACAGAGAUAACCGAUUCGCCUAAAUUUAUUCGCGGGGCGCUCACGAGGAAGAGAUCGGACUAGCAGCAGCAGCAGAGGCAAAUCGUCGCAUCGCACAAGCCGUCGUCGUCGUCCGUUGAUCAAACGGCGACGAUCGCACAGCUUAAACACACCGGCGCCAAGACGACGACCACAACGACCUUGGCCGAUUCCACCACCACCACGUCCAUCAAUACGACGAGGAUGUUUCCGUACACGACGUUUCCCGCAGUCGGGACGACAAGGAUGAGGAGCGAAAAAUGCCGGAAGGUCUAUUGUCGAGUAACGUCCUUUUUGUUAGAGAGGGAACAGAACUGCGGUCCCGGGGAGUAAAGAGAGAAGAGAAAACACAAUCCGGCGACACACAAAAUUUUAUUCGCAAAAACGUCACUUCAUAGAUAACGCCGAGCACAGGGAGAGAGAGAGCAGCGACAGCAUCAGCAUGUAUUUGUGUUAUUAUCGAGACUAGAGAGGCCAGAGACAGAGAGAGCCUGAAAACUCUCAGUUUAUCCUCCUUUCUCUCUCUCACUCUCUCUCUCUCUCUCUUGGGCUCGUUCGAGCUCUCGUGCGUGCGUGCAAACAUGUGUGUGUCUCUCUUUCUCUCUCGCUCGCUCACUAUCGCACACAAGCCAUCGUUUUAUAACCAAGCCAAUCUCUAUGACGUCCGUCAUUAAAGGUAGACACAUCCCCCCGACAAGAAAACUCUCAGUCGGCGGAGCCAAUCGUGUACUCGCAUUGCAGUGCGGGCAUGGAGGCCGCAGCAGCAGCGGCAGCGGCCGCGGCGGCGGCGGCGGCGGCAGCCGCCAACGGCACGACCAUCGAGCACGAGUUCCACAACAAUCUGGUGCCGGUGAACGGCAGCCACUCGUCGAGCUCGGGCCGCAGCACGCCCAACAGCGGCGACCCGGCGCCCGGCAAGCUCUUCGUCGGCGGUCUCUCGUGGCAGACGAGCAGCGAGAAGCUGCGCGAGUACUUCGGCAUGUUCGGCACGGUCACCGACGUGCUAAUCAUGAAAGAUCCGGUUACACAGAGGAGCAGAGGCUUCGGCUUCAUCACAUUCGCCGAGCCCGGCAGCGUCGACAAAGUUCUCAAGUGUCCAAUCCACACGCUGGACGGCAAAAAGAUCGACCCGAAGCACGCGACACCCAAGAACCGCGCGAAGCAGGCCAACCGCACGAAAAAGAUCUUCGUCGGCGGCGUCAGUCAGGACACGAGCAGCGAGGAGGUCAAGGCCUACUUCAAUCAGUUCGGUAAGGUCGAGGAGACGGUCAUGCUGAUGGACCAGCAGACCAAGCGCCAUCGGGGCUUCGGCUUCGUCACGUUCGAGAACGAGGACGUGGUGGAUCGCGUCUGCGAGAUACACUUUCACACCAUCAAGAACAAGAAGGUCGAGUGCAAGAAGGCCCAGCCGAAGGAGGCCGUGCAGCCGGGCGCCCUGGCGCUGGGCAAGCGGGUCGUGGCGCUGGGCGCGCUCGGGGCCGUGAGGCUGGCGCCGCAGACCACGAUGCCGUCGAUGGGCGCGGGCGUGGCGUCGCAGCUCGUCGCGCAGGCCCAGGCCCAGGCGCAGGUGCAGGCCGCAGCAGCCGCCGCCGCGGCGGCCCAGGUACAGAACGCGGUCGCGGGCUACGGCAAGCUGUUCGCCGCCGGCGGCUAUCCGGGCGCCGCGUCGGCCCUCUCGGCCUACCGUUACGCGCCCUAUCCGAUACCCGCGUCGGCGUCGGCUGCGGCGGCGGCGUUGGCCGCGGCCGCGGCGGCCACCCCGGGCGCGCAGAUGCCGCAGAAUCCCGCGGCGGCCCCGCAGCCGGGCCAGCCCCAGGCGAGCUCGCCCGCCGCCGCAGGCGUGGCCCCGCCCAAUCCCUACCAGGGCUACUCGCUCACCAACGUCGACAUGUCGAGCUUCCAGGGCGUCGACUGGAGCUCGAUGUACGGCAUGGGAAUGUACGUCUAAGGCGGGCAGCAGCAGCAGCAGCAGCAGCAGCAGCUAUCAGCGACCGAAGAGACCUUCAGGCAUAUCUACUCACUCGCGCAGGUCGAUCCGAUCGAUCGGUCGAUCCGUAUUAUAAAGUGUAUUGUCUAGAGGGAAGGACCAAAAGGUGAUGAAUCCACUACAAUCGCAUCUUCGUCGAAUGAGCCUUCUUCUAUUCACUAUACUGACGUUUAUUUUUACCCGAUGAAAAAACAAAAAAAAUAUUUCCCCAAACUGCGUUAUAGUUUGUAGCUCGAGGAAAAAGAGUUGGCCUCCGUGCGACUCUUAGGAAUCCAACGUAAGCGCGCGUAUAUCCGCUCUAAAUAAUAACCUUUUAUCAUUAUCAAUCUAUGAAAGAUUUUUAGUCUUAAUCACACGCACGCGUUAUCAUGAUUUCUCGCUGGCGGCGUAACUAUAUUGUAUCCAUGUUAAAAACGACGAGAGAUAACGGCGAUAUGUACAUAUUUUAAUUCGUCGACAAAAAACAUGUCGUGAAUCCUUGUCGACGAAAUGAAGCUAUUUUUUAAGCCCACGAAUUCAGAGGCAUCUUUUUUUUUUUACAAAAAAAAAAAUCACGAAGAUUUAAAAAAAAUUCACUAAAAAUAUGUAUAGCAAAUAUUGAAAAAAAAAAAAAAACAAAAUACCAAAAAAUACUGUUUCUCUUGUCGUUUCAAAAGAGAGAUGAAACUCACUUUUCUGCUCAAGACUGUUCUCAAUCAUCAACCGUGUACUUAGAUUAUCCGACGCUGCCGGACGAAGCUUGCAAAAAAAAAAAAACGCCAUCGUUGAGAAAGAAACUCGCAAGUAAAACAUACUUGACGGCCAAAGUGGUUAUCCACUGGUUGAAGACGUUCAUUUUCAAUUCAUUUUAAUAUCUUUUGCUCGCGAGUUUCUUUGUCAUCGUCAAUUUACUUAUCACCGCGCAUCGAGUAUAGGCAGGAUAAAACGAUAACAAAGAAAAAUUAAAAGAAACCACCGUAAAAAAGACUGGGUUUUCGAUUAUUGUGUAGCAUUAGCGAAGGGAAUCUUGAUCUACCCCGCGAGAAGAGCGAACACAAUCCUUUUUUUUUCAGUAUUUCGUUCGUUCUUCUCGUCCCGGGUCGUUGACACAGGCACACUCACCGCUGGAGUUAAUGAUUACACGAAAAACGAAAGUUGGAAAAGGCAACGCGUUAGGGUUCCUAUUAUUAUAAUUAUAAUUGAAUUAUGAUUAUUGAAUUACGUAUAAUUCGUAUUGUUAUGUAAGGCACUUUUUACUAUCUAAGUACAUGAAAGGAUUCUCCGCGAAGUUUUCUUUAGUAAAAAAAAAAAGCAAAAAUACUCUUUAUUAUUACGAUAUUAGUUAUAAAUAAUAUAAUUUACGGCUACUUAUUCUCUAAUUAAGUACACAUUCGGUCAUGCGAAACCGAUUCGAUGAUAAUAAUUUAACGAUCGCUAUGUAAGUAUUAUUAGUGAUACAGUUUUUCGCGAUAUUAAAGUUAACACUCGGCAUACAUACUCACGGAUCGUCGCAUUGUUUUGGCGCGUCUCUUGUAAUCUUUCUUUUUAACAAAAUAUUUUUGUUAACUCUUUUCCCCCCUUCAUGUUAUGCUCUUCCGCUUCUCCCCGCUGCCCACCAUGUGCGCGCGCACGACGUCAGAAAGAGAGAGAGGUACGAAAACGAAUUUUCAUGGCAAAAGUACUAUUUUCGAUUAAAAUGAGAUUCGUGAUUUUACAAUAAAAAAAAAGCAACUUUUUUCUAUGUACGUGUACACAUACGCGAAGUUACUUAAAGCAUAAAUAUCCCGUUUUGAAACAUUAUUCGGAAUCAUAUCCCACGGGCUACACUUGUUGUUGACCUUAAUGUGACGGUCGCAACAACUAAGGUUGUAUAAAUCUGCAGUCUCGUUUAGGAAGUAUCGUUACGAUGAUAGAUAUUCAACAAAAUAAUGUAAUAAUUAAUCGAUAUUAAACGCGUUAGUGAAACUCAUACUCAGAGUAGAUACGUAAGAUUAGUCGUUACAUAGUGAUGUUAAAAUUAAAAAAACGAGAUUCUCCAAAGUAGUCUGUGCAAAAAUUUUUCGAACGAGGCUUUUUUUGCAUAUAAAUUAACAUAUAAGCCGAUGAUUGUCUCAUGCAAGGAUGUCUGCGCGUACGUAUCAUUGACUUACGCACUGAUAUUCGUGUAUACGUAAUCGUGUCACACUUCAGAAAGUCCUAAACCACUUUUCCUCUUUAGCCGUUUGAUGCUAUAAUUGGGAUACAUUUUUUAAGUAUUAACAACAUUGUAAAACACUCUAUUGUUUGUUGAAUCUUUUAUUCACAAGAGUUUUUUUGUAACACUAGUAAUUUUUUGAGAACAACCCUUUUUUGAUCAAGUGAGAAUUGUAUAAGUAACUUUUGAGAGCUAUUUUUUUUACACAUUUUGAAAAUUACUCACUAAUAUAAUGAUUGUUUUUUCAAUAAUUAAUAUUUAUAUAUAAUGUAUAAUUUUCUUUGUUUGUCUAUGUUUCAUAGCAUUGUGUAGUUUGGAAAAUCUAACCAUUAUAGUAUUAGUAGGAUCUUCGGAUCUUAGUUGCGAGAUAUGAAGCAUGCGUCGGUUUAUAAAAAAUAAAAAUUAAAUCGUCAUUCUGAUCAUCAUAACAUCAAUCAUUACUUAUAUCUCAUAGUCACUUUUUCAAUUUUUUCGAGAUCUUUUCACGAGCGCCUAUUUCUAAUCAUAGCAAAAAUUAUUGUGAAGCGGCCAAUCGUAAAGUCAUUUUGCGCGGUUUUUCUCAAACGAGCAAUUUUAGAAAUCGAAAGUUGUUUUAACAUUUUAGCUGGAAAAUUUACAAAUUUACGACAAUGGAGCACUUUGACGGGCGUUUUAAUCUUUACUUUAUUGUACGAUACUAUUGAUACAAAUGCCAUUUGUAUACAUUUUGUUAUAGCUAAUUUAUUUACUUAUUAUAAACAGAUACUUUUGCCAUUAAUCGCCGUAGUAGUAGUGUCAUAAUGUAUAGAACAACUUAACUUUUUAUUACUAUAAUUGUCGAUAGCCGGGCAUCAUAUCUUUAUUCUCAUGCCGCAUUUAUUCAUUUAGCUAUUCAUUUUAUCUUGGUUGAAUUUUUUCAUAAUUCAUCAAACCUCAUCAUGUAAUAACAUCGUCAUGAUCACUCUCAUAUAUAAGUAUUAAUAUUUUACUUACAUCAUCACAUUAUCAUAAUAAUUAUUAGCGUAAAUAGUAGAAAAGCGGUAGUUGUAUUGAUUAAUUAUUAUCAAUGACAAACAUGCAAACUGCAAAAAAAGAAACAAUAAAGAAAACAAACUUUCUUGGGAGGGACGGGGAUGCGAGUAAGAGAAUAUAUUAGUUACAAGAUGAGUAAUAAAUAAAAGUAAUAAAGUGAAAAAAUAAAAGUAAUAAUCGUCGAAAAUUGUAUGCACACACGUGUACGGUGUCGCAUUUAACUAAGGAGUCAAUGUCAGCAUUCAAUGAUGUUGGUGUAUGCGCGCGACCGAGACAAUUGUUAAAAAAGAAAAAAAAGCAAGAAAAAAAGUAAGAAAAAACAUCUAUCAUGCGGGGUUGCUGCUGCGUACCUACGCGAGUACUGCUUAAAAUUUAUAUUAAUAAUGAUUAUAAAAUUAAUGGGAUGUUUGUUUCCUUUCUUUCGACCGAAAAAAGAACUUAAAUUUUCAUGCAAGCCUGAUGAUAAUGACGACUCGAGCAUGGUUUUUUUGUGUAGUGCGAGAGUCGUCAUUCAUUAUUAUUAUUAUUAUAAAUACGUAUAUGUUAAUUUACAUAUACUUAUGUAUACAUUAUAUAUAUUUACAUUAUAUAUAACAAAGUGCAUGCAUUUUUCUGUAUAUUUUCGAUUCUUCCGUAAUAUCUAUAGCUUCCGAAAGCAAUAAUCAAUAGUAGUAACAAACAACUAGUAGUAAAAAAAAACAAACAUUAGUGGAAAAAAUGAUGGAUAGAUAUUUGUAACUAUUAAGCAAACUUGUGGCAGUUUUUGAGGCAAAUGACAAUUUGUGUACGGAUGUGGCUGAUAUCUAGAAGAAAAGUCAUAUUAUUAAAAACAUAAUAAUACAUAAUAACUUUUUUUGUAGAAAAUCACUUUUGUCGAAUGUCGAACUUUUGCGCGCAUGUAUGUAGCCUCCUUAAUUAUUAUCAAUUAUUGUAAGUAUGGAUGGAUAUGUAUUUCUGAAAAAAAACUCACUCACUUACAAAGCAAGUCAAAGUCUCAAGUCAAAGCAAUCACUCACUAACACCGAUACGAUUUAAAUGAUAAUAUAUAAAAAGAAAACGUAAUUUAGUUUAGACGACAUGCCUAGAGAAAUUGCCAAUAAAGUAGUUUAAAAACUUGUAGCUAA